ACUGAGCAAUCAUUUCAACAUGUCCAAGAUAUUCACGCCCACGAAUCAAAUACGUCUUACAAAUGUAGCCAUUGUCCGGCUGAAAAAGGCUGGCAAACGCUUCGAAAUUGCCUGCUAUAAAAACAAGGUGUUGUCCUGGCGCAACAACAGUGAAAAGGACAUCGAUGAAGUGCUGCAAACACACACAAUUUUCACCAAUGUGUCCAAAGGGCAGGCAGCCAAAAAGGAUGAACUGCAGAAGGCUUUUGGUGCCAAAGAUGAGACGGAAAUCUGCAAAGAGAUCCUCAGCAAAGGUGAACUUCAGGUGUCGGAGAAGGAGCGACAGAGCGUCUUGGAUUCGCAGCUAAAUAGCAUUGUGAAUGGUGUCGCUGCACUUUGUGUUAAUCCCGAAACACGUCGUCCCUAUUCAGCGACCAUCAUUGAGAAAUCUCUCAAGGAUGCCCACUUCUCCGUGAAGAUGAACAAGAACACGAAGCAGAACACACUGGAGGCCAUUAAAAUGCUGCGCGAACACAUGCCGAUUGAGCGAUCUCGCAUGAAACUGCGCGUCAGCUUUGCCGGCAAAGAAGGUGGCGGCAAGCUGAAGGACUCGGUUAUCAAGCUGGCCAACACAGUGGAGCACGAAGAGUGGGAGGAGGCAACUCUUCAUCUGACACUACUGAUAGAUCCCGGGCAGUAUCGCGUCAUAGACGAACUGGUGCGCAACGAAACCAAGGGUAAAGGACUGUUGGAACUGCUCGAACUCAAGGAAGUUGUGGAGAGCGAUGAGCUUUUCUAGUUGGGAAACGAAUUGAUAUUUUAUAUACAGCACAGAUUCUUAUUUUUGUCGACAAAUAAUGAUUAAAAAUCGAAAAAUAUUGCAUGGGAUACCUAUGUUCGAUGA